AUGCCGUCCUUUCCUCUCAAUCCGCUUGUGCAGCCUCGAGAAGAUAAUGGCUUGCAACUAUGCUACCGACUUCCCCAUCGCAUUCACUCCGCGCAAGCCUAUCCUCUACGGUCAACCAAUGGAUCUUCAAUCAUCGUGUACGGCUACGAGACCGGGAUCAAGAUUGUAUGGAGAGGAGGGAAAGACUUUGCCGCACCGAAAGAAGCUGCCCCUCCAGCGCCUUCGAAAAGUGCAAAGCCUAAUGACAAUGAUGCGGUGAUGAUCAUUGACUCAGACGAAGAGGAUCCGGCUCCUGCGCCUGCUAUUUCAGAGGAGCUCCGUAUCGACUUCGAGGCUUUUGAGUCCGAAGUCGACCCCGCUUCUCCAUUCGAGCCGAUUCUGCGACAGAUAGAUAUCCCUCUUGGAAGCAGGGUUCUCGAUGUAGCCGUGCCCCGAAUCCUGUCUGAGGAAGCGCGUUCUUCUCUCGAUCCCUUUCCAACUGCGGCCAAGGACACCCUCUUUGUGGCUGUGGUGUGUUCUGAUCUUUCCACGCGAGUCAUCACAUUACCGCUCGUUCCUCCCCAUCCGUCGCAGAAGGACGCUGCAAGCUGGAAAGUUCAAAAAGUGACACUAGAUGGAGGAGUCACUCAUCAGGAUAUCCCUCGGGGUGUCUCUAUUACUUUUACUAUGAAGGAGUGCGCCGAUGAUACAGGUCGCCGAAAGCCACACAGUCUUGCCGAGGACACUGGGAGAUGGUACCUCUUGGUGGCUACUCACUCAGCCGAGGGAUCGGGUGCUCUUUUCAUUCAUCGUGUGCCUCUAACGGAGCAGCCGUCGGGACACACAAAGCUCUACCGAGUGACCGAGCAAGAGAUUGUUACGCAACGGCGAACUCUGCCCUCUCCAGCGCAAAGAAUUGCUUUUAACCCUUCUUCUUACCCUUUUGCGCGGCACUCGAAUCUUUUGGUUGCCUUCCACAGUGGCUGUGUGAAAAUCUAUUCUUCUCUUUCAAGUCCAAAGUCAUCUGCCAAGAGCAACAGGAGGGAUUCGGGGUCUCAGGAGGAGACUGAGCCGAAUGAGAUUGAGGGUCGAUGGUUGAUCAGUCUCUACCCUGGUUUUGAGCAAGGGCCAACAGGCCUCACUCGACGAAAGACCAUCAUUGAUGCCGACUGGGUAUUAGGAGGUCGUGCUAUCAUGGCUCUCCUGGCGGAUGGUGAAUGGGGUGUGUGGGACAUUGAAGGAGCCGGGCCCGGGACCACCAAGGGUCCGUUACACCGGCAGUCAAACGUCCAAGGCGUGACCGGAGGGUCCUUGACCACUUAUGCAGUCAGUGGUCGGAUCGUGGCACCCUUGACAAAUACGCAAUCUGAGGCGGAACAGCGAUCACGCUUUGCUCCUAUGACGCCGUCAACCCGACGCGUUCGAGAAGACACGUUACUGAAAGGAUCGACGACAAGUCCCAGCCCUUCAUUGCGCGGUCAAAUCUCCGUGUGUCAGACCAGCGUUUCGCAUGAUCUGCCUGACGAAUCCAUCUUGCUUCGACACGGUCAGCAUACCGCGGCGAUCCCCAGCUUACUUUCGCUUUGGCGAAACGCUGUGAAAUCCACCGGUACCUUUGAUGCCUCGAACCGCUGCCGCGUCUCGCCGUUUCAGGUGGUCAAUUUGAUGGGAGAGAAUUUCCAGGCUAUUGGCCAUAUCCCCGCUCCAACUCGUCAAUCCCGAGCGCUUAGUCCUCAAAAGUUUGAUAUUCUGGUUGCUGCUGAGCACCAGAUUAUCAUUCUCGCACCUCGACUGGCUGAGUCUGAGGAAGAAACUUCUAAGGUCCCUCGAAAUUCGACGCACGAAGUGAAUGCCGAAGCAGAUCAAUUCAUGUUGCGCAGAGGUGAAUUGGAUGUGGAGGGCAUGGGCCGCCUUCUCAGUGGGAUGGCAAAUGGCGUCGGAACUCAGCGCGUGGGAGCUAGUCCUUCGAAGCGAGCCCGCAUCUUUACAUGA